CACACCGACGCGACCCGAUCUUCAACUCCACCCCACCAUGAAAUUCGUUCAAGCUGCCAUCUUCGCCCUCGCUGCCUCGGCCAGUACUGCUGCUGCUUUUGCCCCUGCCAAAACCUUUGGUGUCCGUAGCUUUGCCCCGGUUUCUCUGAUCGAGCUCGAAGCCAAGGCCUCCAUUGAAGACCUCAGCGAUGCCGAGCUUAAGGGAAAGAAGGUUCUCGUCCGUUGCGACGUCAACGUCCCCCUGGACGGUAAGAAGAUCACCGACGAUACCCGAAUUCGUUCCUCCAUCCCUACCAUUGAGUACUUGAAGAACAAGGGUGCCAUCGUCAGUGUCUGCUCACAUUUGGGACGCCCCAAGGACGGCCCCGAAGAUAAGUUCUCCCUCGGACCUUGCGCCGAGCGCAUGGGGGAACUCCUCGGACAAACUGUAACCCUCGCACCCGACUGCAUCGGUGAAGAAGUCGCCAAGAUUGUCAAUGAUGCCAAGGAAGGCGAUGUUAUCAUGCUCGAGAACACCCGCUUCUACAAGGAAGAGACCAAGAACGACCCGGAAUUCGUCGAAAAGCUUGCCGCUCCCUUUGACCUCUACGUCAACGACGCCUUUGGAACGGCCCACCGUGCCCAUGCCUCCACCGAAGGUGUGACCAAGUUUCUCAAACCUUCCGUUGGAGGAUUCUUGCUCGCCAAGGAACUCGAAUACCUUGAUGGUGCCAUUAGCAACGGAAAGAAACCCAUGGCCGCCAUUGUCGGUGGAUCCAAGGUCUCUUCCAAGAUCACCGUCCUCGAAGCCCUGCUCGAUAAAUGCGACAAGGUCAUCAUCGGAGGUGGUAUGGUAUUCACCUUCCUCAAGGCAAAGGGAUUCAAUGUUGGUACCUCCCUCGUCGAGGAUGACUUUGUGGAUACCGCCAAGGAAGUCUUGGCCAAGGCCGAAAAGUUGGGCAAGGAAAUCCUUCUUCCCAUUGAUAUCGUGAUUGCCGACAAGUUCGACGCGGAAGCCGAGACCAAGGUCGUAAGUGCCGAAGAAAUCCCUGAUGGCUGGAUGGGUCUGGACAACGGUCCCGAAACCACCGCACAGCAGAAGGAAGCACUUUCCGACUGCAAGACUAUCAUCAUGAACGGUCCCAUGGGAGUCUUUGAGUUCGAAAAGUUCGCCAAGGGAACUUUUGACCUUGUCAACAUCCUUGCCGAUCUUUCCAAAGACAAGGGUGCCAUUACUAUUAUCGGAGGAGGUGAUUCCGUUGCCGCCACUGAACAGAGCGGACGUGCCGGUGACAUGUCCCACAUCUCCACCGGCGGUGGUGCCAGUUUGGAGCUGUUGGAAGGAAAGGUCCUCCCCGGUGUGGCCGCGCUCAACGACAAAUAAAGUUGUCCUCUGGCGGCAGUGAGCAAUUUACGAGACGCGUGAUGCGCUACACGUCACACACAGUGUAAAUUCAUAUAGACCGAUACUUUGUCAUCGCU